AUGUUGGACGCUGUGAAGGCGGAGAAAGGGAGGGCGAUGCGGAGGUAUCGCCGGUUGCGGCAGGCGGGGGCGCUAUCCCGCUUCCUGCUUGAGGCCGUCGCCGCCAUGGUUCUCCUCUCCUGGUUCUCCGCGCGCCUCCCUGCCGUCCUGGCUCUCUGCGCCGGACUCCGCCGGCUACCUUCCUUCCUCCUCCAUCCCGUCUGCGCCUUCGUGGUCGGCAACGUCAUCAUCUUGGCCCUCAUCGCUAAGUCCAGCGUGCCCGGCGGCACGACCGGCGACCCUCGCCCGCCUUCUUUUCCACCUCCCUCCGCCGCCGCCGUCUCCACCACCGCCGCAUCCCCGCUAAAGGAGAAGCCGGAGGCCGCCUUUCGUGUCAGGCGAUCCAAGUCGGGGAAAGUCCGACCUGUCGCAAGGAAGGACGGCGUGGAGAAGGCGCUCCGCCGGUCGGAGACCAACGUCCGUCGUCCCCGGGAAGUGGCGGGGACGUGGUGGGCGGAGGGAGAUAAGGAGGUGCGCGUCGGAGAGGGAAGUGCGGCGGACGACAACGAACGAUUCCGGCAGAAGAUCGAGGCGUUCAUCGCGAAGCAGCUGGAGUUCAUCGAGAGGGAGGAGGAGUCCCUGCAGCUCGCCGACCACGCCAGCGCUGGCGCCGCUGCCCUCCUCGUCGCCAGUGACAGCCGCCAAUGA